AUGUCGACUCCAGCCAGCCAGGCGACGAACCCCGGCAGGGGUGGCACGCAAGAAUGUGCGCUGCUUUACGCAGACCCGACGGCACCGCCGCGGGCCACCACUACCGACAUUGUGUUCUUCGACGAGUCCGGCCAACCCAGCUCCGUUCUGGUGAUCGCUUUUAAGCUGCAUGUCGGUACUUGGACCUCGUCGGCCGAAGCGGUUUCUGAUGAAAUGCUGGUGGCGCUACCAGCACGCGAAUCCGCCAAGGCCCAGACGAUGGGCCUUUUGCGUUUCACUCCAAGCGACGAUCAAAAGCCAUCCGUCGAGGGCUACGGAUUACCAUUUAUUGCCCGGGAUGACGAGGACGAUCGAAUCGUCAACCACGGCGAGCUUAUUGAGGGCGUCAGGACCCUCCGCGACAUCUGCGUCCAGACAGAGCUCAUGAUUCUGUUUGCAGGCAUUAUCCUGCUCCCAAGAGGAAGAGACCAGUUCAGCAGGGAUUUCCCCGAACCGGUCCUCAAGGUCUUCCCUUACAGCAUAGGGGAGUGGUCGAUGGAAAGCUACCAGGAGGAAGUCCCCAAGUAUGCUCACAGCCUUCCAUACGACACCAGUUACAGGUUCGAUAAUCACCAAGAUUACUUGACGGCCCUCAGGGCGUCAUCCAAGACGUCUUCCACUUGGCAGAGGAUGUCGAAGCUAUCCGCCGCAGGGCAGGGGCGAUUAGGUAUUUGGGCAGGGGCGAUCAGCUAUUCAGGCAGUGAUACCAACGCAGAUCCGGUGCGGAUCUGCCACGAACAGCGGGCCAGUCUUCGCGGUGACGCAGAGGACAAAGACCACGACCAGUCCUUCCCGCCCUUGGAAGGAGUCCGUCGUGUUGACGACAACAUCACGGCAGGCGGUCUGGUUGUGCCUCUUGAAAGCCUGCUGUAG